AUGCUUUCUUUCCUGUCGAUUCUCUUUCCUCUCACACUUAUUCCCAUAAUUUGUCUUCAUCUUUGUCUGAUUUUUCUCUUUCUUCUUUCUUUAUCCUCUUUUUCUUACCUCAUCCUUUCAUUUUUCCCUCACUCCUUGUUAUUCUCAUUCUGUUUCUCUCUCUCUCUCAUGAUUUCAUUUUCUUCUUUUCUUACUCUCUCUGAUUUCCUUUUUCUCUCCCUUUCUUUUCCUCUCUCUGUUACCCGUUACUUUUUUCUCCUUCUCUCCCCACUCUCUCAUUCCCAUUUUCUCUUCCUCAUCAUCUCAUUAUUUCCCAUUCCUUUAUUCGCUCUUUGUAAACUCUUAUACAUAAUCUCCUAUACUCAUUCUCAUUUUAUAUCUUUCCCUUUUAUUCAUUGUUUUUCUUUUUCUUUCUUUCUUCUCUCAUUCUCAAAUUCAUUGUCUUUCACUCUCAUUCUUUCUUUCUCUCCUACUCUCAUUGUAUCUCUUCUUUUUCUUAUUCAUCAUCUCUUUUGUUUCUUUCUGUUUCUAUCUUGUGUUCAAUGUCUUUCCUUCUCACUCAUUGUUUUUCACUAUGUACUCUGUACAUAUCUAUCUAUCUAUCUAUCUAUCUAUCUAUCUAUCUAUCUAUCCAUGUCUCGAAAUAUUGAAAAAAUCUUUUUAUUUAAUUUCUUCUUUUUUACAUUUUCUUUGACUUUUCUUUUUCUUUCGGUUUUCUUUUUGUCUUAUUCUUUCAUCUGUUGUUUCAUUCUUUCAUCUGUUGCUUUAUUCUUUCAUCUAUUGUCUCAUUCUUUCAUCUGUUGCUUUAUUCUUUCAUCUGUUGUCUUAUUCUUUCAUCUGUUGCUUUAUUCUUUUAUCUGUUGUCUUAUUCUUUCAUCUGUUGCUUUAUUCUUUUAUCUGUUGUCUUAUUCUUUCAUCUGUUGUUUUAUUCUUUCAUCUGUUGUCUUAUUCUUUCAUCUGUUGCUUUAUUCUUUCAUCUGUUGUCUUAUUCUUUCAUCUGUUGCUUUAUUCUUUCAUCUGUUGUCUUAUUCUUUCAUCUGUUGCUUUAUUCUUUCAUCUGUUGUCUUAUUCUUUCAUCUGUUGCUUUAUUCUUUCAUCUGUUGUCUUAUUCUUUCAUCUGUUGCUUUAUUCUUUCAUCUGUUGUCUUAUUCUUUCAUCUGUUGUUUUAUUCUUUCAUUUGUUGAUUUAUUCUUUCAUCUGUUAUUUAAUUUCUCUGUUUAUUUUUAUUUCCUAACUUUUACCAUUGGUGUUUCUUUGUUCUUUUACUUUUUCUUUCUAUUUGUCUUUCUUCUUUUUUUCUCUUCAUUUAUUUUUCUUCUUUCAUUUUUUUCCUUUCUGUUUGUUGUCCUUUUUUUCUUUUACUCUUUCUGUUUUUCAUUUCUUUUGCUUUUUCUUCCUUCACAACUUACUUUCACUCUUUUUCCUGCUAAUUUUUCUUCUUUCUUUAUGUUGUCUUCUUUUCUUUCUUUCUUUCUUUUUUUCUGUUUCCUUCUUUCUUUCUAA